GAGUUGGGGGGGGGGAGUGUGAGAGUGUGAUGCUACAACCUCCUUAUAAAGGGACUCUCGCUCACGUUGCGGCUCGGAAAUUAGAGCACAUUGCCUAAAAGUGCGAUCUCCACGCACGCACUCACUCACUGACACGCACGCAUCCACACACACAUCCACCGCACACGCCGAGCGCCGCAGCCAUGAACUGGAUGAACGCUGAGGAGACGCUCCGCAGGGCCGAGGCGCCUCUCUUCUGGGUCGGCGCGUUCACCGUGGCCUCGCUGGCGCUGUGGCUGCUCUACAGGCUGCUCUCGGGCUUCAGGAUCUGGGUGCUGGGGAACGGACAGCUGCUCUCCCCGAGGCUGGGCAAGUGGGCAGUUGUGACGGGAGCCACGGAUGGAAUUGGGAAAUCCUAUGCGGAGGAGCUGGCUCGUCGAGGAUUCGCCAUGAUGUUGAUCAGUCGCUCCCAGGACAAGCUGGAUGACGUGGCCAUGUCGCUAAAGGAGCAGUUUAAAGUCGAGACCAGAACCAUUGCAGCUGACUUUGGCAAGACGGACAUCUACAACAAGAUCGAGGCGGGCCUGGCUGGUCUAGAAAUUGGAGUUCUGGUAAACAAUGUCGGUGUGUCGUACCCCUACCCCGAGUACUACCUCCAAAUUCCUGAUCUUGACAACUUCAUCACAAACAUGAUCAACGUCAACAUCACCUCAGUGUGCCAGAUGACUCGUCUGGUGCUGCCCAAAAUGACUGAGAGGUCCAAAGGUGUAAUCCUGAACAUCUCCUCCGCAAGCGGCAUGUACCCCGUCCCUCUGCUUACGGCCUAUUCCUCCACAAAGGCCUUUGUGGAUUUCUUCUCUCGUGGCCUCCACGAGGAGUACAGGCGUCAAGGCAUCAUUAUUCAGAGCGUGCUGCCCUUCUUCGUGGUCACUAAAAUGACUCGUAUCAAGAAGCCCACCCUGGACAAGCCCACACCGGACCGCUACGUGGCGGCUGAGCUCGCCACUGUGGGGCUGCAGGACCAGACCAACGGCUACUUCCCCCACGCUGUCAUGGGUUGGCUGACCACUAAGCUGGUUCCGAUGAAACUCGUCAUCUUCUUUGGCGCCAGGAUGAACCGCCUGCAGCGCACUGGGUACCUGCAGCGGAAGAAGCUGCGGGAGCAGAAGAACGGAGGCGCUUUGAAGACCGACUAGGAAGACGUGCUCUUCAGGCCCCGGUGCAGCGUUUAAGGAAAGCGGAGGUUGUGUUGUGGUUUUUGUGUAGAUCUCAGACGUGCACCUUCAGUAAGUUUGCACGUGGAAGCACAUUUAUGACUGUUUAGAAAAGGUAAACUCGGCCCUGAUGAGAAAUGUCAGGGGUGAAAUAGCCAAAGAAGGAAUGGGGCCGAAGUGAAAAUAAAGUGCUGCUCAUGACAAAGGACUUUGAAUACAUUCAGUCACUGAUUCAUGAUGGAGAUUAUAAACGACAAAAAUAGUGAUUUGUUAACCCUGCUGUUGUAAGCAGUGGAAAAUGGUGGUGGGAAUCUUUUUAUAUAUUUGUAAAAUAAUUUAUUUUAUAUUUAGUAUGAAUACACUCUGACAGUUUUUUAAGGCUUCCAAGCUUCCAACCUAGUUCUGUUUACAAACCCAUGAGCCGUUUAAGGAUGGCAACCUCUGCUUUCUGUCACGUCUGUUUACUUUCAUUACUAAACUGCCAUCGUCUUGCAAUGGUUUCUUUUUAUUUUAUAUAUAUUCUUGGGUGUUAACAAAAUACUUAAAUUAUACUUUCUGGUGGGUUGUUGUUGCACAAAUGUUUUGCUUCUCCUAAACCCGAAGUGUUCUCAUUAACUGGUAUUGAUAAAAAGUGCCUUUCUACGGAGAAUGAAUGCAGGAAAAGGUCAGGCAAACGAGUGGUUGUCUGGUUCAGAAUGUUUUCUGAAAGCUCCAUUUUGUGCUUCCUUUUUAAUCAAAAUGUAAACCUUCAAAGACAGAAAAACCUCAACUGCUGUGCAUUUGCAGUCAUUCCUCCAGUGUUGUUUUUGAGAGGAUUUCACAGGGAUCGAGAAUAUUCCCUUCAGUUGGAGUUUAAAGUAAAGUGCCUAAUGCCUACAGACUGUCGCAAAAAACUGAACUGCUCUUCCUCUCACAUGUUUAUGCACGAAUGAAUAUUCCAUGCAACUUGGGCUGACCUGUGCGUAACAAAGUGGUCGUGUGAAUGCUUCUCAGUUUUUGUACGGUUUGUCUUUUAAAAAAAAAAUAUAUCUGCUUGGAAAUCAAAAAAUGUUAAUUAAAAUUUCUAUGUCUAAAAUA